GUGCCGCCAUGAGGCUCCGCUCCUCGCUGUUCGCCUGCUGCUGCCUCCUGCUCCUCGGGCUCGGCCUCGCCCUCUUCCUGCGAGGAUUUUUCCCGGUCCCCGUGAAAUCGUCCGGGUCGGCAAAGGCCAAGGUGUCGGAGGUCCCCGGGGAGCCGGCAGGAGGCUAUCCAUCAAAUUGGACAAAAUUGCCGUCUCCAUUGUUCGGAAGAGUUGUUGUCAUGUUGGUGGAUGCUUUGAGAGACGAUUUUGUGUUUGGACCUAAAGGAAGAGAAUUCAUGCCCUACACAAGGCAACUGGUUGAAAGGGGGUCAUCACAUAGCUUUAUAGCUAAGGCCCGGCCACCAACGGUCACUAUGCCCAGAAUUAAAGCGCUGGUGACUGGCAGAAUUCCUGGAUUUGUUGAUGUCAUCAUGAAUUUAAAUUCCCCAGUCCUACUGGAAGAUAGCCUCAUCUGGCAAGCAAAAGCUGCUGGGAGGAGAAUGGUGUUCUACGGGGAUGACACCUGGCUUCGAAUGUUUCCUCAUCACUUUGUAGAAUAUGACGGAACUACCUCUUUCUUUGUGUCUGACUACACCGAGGUUGACAUUAAUGUAACCAGGCACUUGGAUAAAGCACUGAAACGAAAUGACUGGGAUUUACUAAUUUUGCAUUACCUCGGAUUAGAUCACAUAGGCCAUCUGGCUGGACCAGAUAGUCAUCUGAUUGGACCAAAGCUGAGGGAAAUGGAUGAUGUUCUUAAAAAGAUUAAUACAGCCUUAUUAUCCAAGGAAGAUGAAACAUCUUUGCCUAGUUUAUUGAUACUCUGUGGGGAUCAUGGCAUGUCAGACACAGGGAAUCAUGGCGGAUCUUCAAAUCAUGAAAUGCACACUCCAUUAGUUCUCAUCAGCUCUGCUUUCAGAAACAAAGAUUCCUUUGCUGCUCCUGAACACGUGGAGCAGACAGACCUGGCUCCAACCCUGGCUUUAGGAAUUAGUUUGCCAAUUUCGCGGAAUAAUUUGGGUUGCAUUAUUCUUCCUGUCUUUGAGGAAACGUCUCUAAGGGAACAGCUACGAUACUUGCACAUUAAUGGAUACCAGCUUAGUUCGCUGCUCCAAGAGUGUGUUCCUGCAAUUGAAAAAGAUGCUGGAUACAAACUAUUCAAAACAGCACAAAAAUCACAUGGUUCCUGGAUUAAACUUCACUUGGAAGGUAAUACUUCAGAAAUCCUUGCAAACCUGGGAAGGAAGGCACUGAAGCAGUAUUUGGAUGCCUUGAAGGUCUUGAGUUCCUCACUUUCCAAUAUCCUGGCACAGUAUGAUAUGUACUCAAUGAUUGUAGGAACAGUCGUUGUGCUGGAGGUUAUUUUCCUUCUGCUAAUAAGUAUUCCAGAGGCAUUAUCAAACACAGGAGAAUUUGAAGUGCCUUUGUCAUCUCCAUUCGUUUCCCUGCUGUUUUACCUUCUCUGCCUCGUGUUCUCAGCUAUUCACGUCAUUGUAUGCACAUCAGUAGACACGUCUUGCUAUUUCUGUAAUGUCUCCUGGCUGAUGGCUGCAGCAGUGAUUGUAUUGAUAUCGGCACUACAGUGCGUACUCCUGUCAAGUCUUUGGAACAGAUUUACUAAUGGGAAGCCUCAGCAAAAGCAGAGCGGUACUUCAUUUAGUUCCAGUUGGUCAGAGCUAGAUCUAGUCCUGUUAAUUGGGACCCUUGGACACACUCUGAGUCUUGGUGCCAGCAGUUUUAUAGAAGAGGAACAUCAAACAUGGUAUUUUCUAGUCAAUACACUUCUGUUGGUGUUAUUUCAAGAUAUCUGCAGAAAAUAUUUUCUGGCUAGUGGCUCUAAAGAUGAUUUGGAGAGCAUUGAGAAGACUAAUCCAGAGUAUGAUGGUUACAAGGAACACCAGACCACUAUACAUGAUCUAUUAGAUCAUGACGAAAAAGAUCUGAAAUCUAAAACAACGAGACUGUAUGGAAACUAUGAAAAGUGGUUGGCGUUGAUCAGUCCCUGGGUCAUUCUGAUGUGUUGUCGAUUGCUUCGCUCCUUGAACCAGACUGGAAUCAAAUGGGCACAUAAAGCUGAUGUUAGCCACUGGUUGACAAGUUCAAAUCACAGAAAUGAACUCUCCAUUCUGGCUGCGGCAUCUCUCUUUCUGAUCUUUGUUUUGGUGCAGAAAACAUGUUCUUCUGUCUCAAAGGCUGCGUUAGCACUGGGGUUGCUGGGAGUGUAUUGCUACCGAGCAGCAAUUGGAAAUGUGAUUUUUCCAUGGAAACCAGACCGAGACAUAUCAAAGGGAAUAAUUGAAGCUCGGUUUGUCUAUGUAUUUGUCCUCGGCAUCCUUUUUACGGGAGUUAAAGACUUGUUGAAGUCGCAAGUUGAUUUUUCUGACACAGUGACGAAGAGCAGGGGCCUCUGGGAAAUAUACAGCGGGCUUGUGCUGUUGGCUGCUUUGCUCUUCCGCCCUCACAACUUGCCAGUGUUGUUGUUCAUCCUCCUAAUUCAGAUGAUUAUGACCCGUUUUAUCUGGAAGGCAUUGGGAUAUGAUGCGGCUCAAAUUACCAUCAUGCAUUACUGGUUUGGCCAAGCCUUCUUUUACUUUCAGGGAAAUUCAAACAGCAUUGCAACUGUGGAUAUUUCAGCUGGAUUUGUCGGCCUUGAGAAUUAUGUUGAGGUGCCAGCAAUCUUCCUCACAGCAUUUGCCACAUAUGCAGGUCCCCUGCUCUGGGCUGUGCACCUUACCUUCUACAUGAGCUCAGAAACGAGCAGGAAUUCUGCUGCAAUGGGACACACCUGUUACUGUUAUGUUCUGUUGAGAGCAAUACCAUCUGCAGUGUACAUUAUUUUGGUUACCUCCCUACGUUACCAUCUAUUUGUCUGGAGUGUUUUUUCCCCUAAACUGCUUUAUGAGGGCAUGCAUACAUUUGUAGCCACAGGAAUUUGUGUCGUCUUCACAGCCAUGGAUCAGAAACGGUUGCUGAAGACCGAAUGUUAGGAAAAGGAAGCAAAAAUAACUGGUUGGACUUCCUGAAUCUGAAGUUCUGGUAUUAACAUUUAUUGAGCUGAAAGCUGUAUUGGAUAAAGUUUUCAAAGACUCGAAUGUAUUUAAAUUUUUUGAUUGUUUUUUGUAAAUUAGUUUGUAUUUGAAGAUUAUUCCAGCCCUAGUUUGUAUUUGAAGAUUUAAUAAUGAGGAAAAUUACAUGAUCUUUUUAUUUAUUGUUUUUUAAGGAAUUCAUUGUUUUGUGGGAAAAUACUUCUAUUUGGGGUGAAAUUAGAGCGUAUUAGAGAAAACUGGACAUUGUUGCUUUACACAGCUAUAUUGUCUCUCUAACCCUACCGAUUGUGUUGUAAACUAGUUUGUAUGAAUUAAGAUUGUACAGACUUUAACUUUGUUAAAGGCAUUUUCAAUAAAUUAAAUUGAAAAGAUUAAUUCUAUAAAAGUAAUUAGUUAUAUAUGAGCUCAUGUAUAAAUGAAUAAAUGAAUGAACAAAUUAGAAUUCCA